GGCCGGGGGCUCCGCAUGCUGCAGCAGCCCCCGGGCGCCCCCGCCGCCGCGAGCCGCGGAGCCGCGCGGACCCGAGCCCGCGAGCUAGCCGGACCGAGCGGCCCGGAGCCGGCCGGCGGGCGUCCGGAGGCGGCUGCGCAGGGAGGGGCCGGACGCGCGCACGUGGCCCCGGCGGCCGCCAUGGCGGACAGCGGGCCCGCGGGGGGCGCGGCGUUGGCAGCCCCGGCCCCCGGGCCGGGCGGCGGCGGUCCCGGCCCCCGCGUGUACUUUCAGAGCCCGCCGGGGGCCGCGGGCGAGGGCCCGGGCGACACGGACGAUGAGGGCCCCGUGAGACGCCAAGGGAAGGUCACCGUCAAGUACGACCGCAAGGAGCUGCGGAAGCGUCUCAACCUGGAGGAGUGGAUCCUGGAACAGCUCACGCGGCUCUACGACUGCCAGGAAGAGGAGAUCCCAGAGCUGGAGAUUGAUGUGGAUGAACUCUUGGACAUGGAAAGUGAUGAUACCCGGGCUGCCAGGGUCAAAGAGCUGCUGGUUGACUGUUACAAACCCACUGAGGCCUUCAUCUCUGGCCUGCUGGACAAGAUCCGGGGCAUGCAGAAGCUGAGCACACCCCAGAAGAAGUAGGGGUCCCUGACCCAGGUGAACAGUGGCUCCUACAGGACAAUCGCUGCCCCCCAGACCUCGUAGCAACAGCAAUAACGGGGGACCCUGCAGCCAGGCCUGGUGCUGUGAGCAGGGUUCCCCGUACCCCUGGCCUAGGGGUCUCUUUCUUCCCUUGCCCCUCAGUUUUCCAUUUUUGGGGUUUUUUUAUUGUUAUUAAACUGAUGUGACUUUU